GAUUUUGAUUUCAGAUCCAUCGACAUUUGUUUGCCUGAUUCUUUUACUUUUUUUCUUAAUAUUUUCUAACGGAUCGGAUUGAUUUACUCUUCAUUGCAAUAUAUAUAUAUAUAUAUAUUUAUUUAUUUAUUUAUUUAUAUUUCAAAUAAUGUACUUGUUUGCUUGUUGUCGCUAAUACCAGUUGUCCUGACCAAGAUUUAUCACCAAGCUUCAAUCUUUUGUUUGUUUGUUUUUUUUGUAAGUAAUUGAAAGAUGUUUUUUCAAUGCCAAACAUGUUUAAUUGCUCUCUCAUUUGCUGUUAAUGAGCUAAGAGUUGCACGCAUGUGCAAAAACAUACACGAAGGAUCUUUCCCUGCGCUCUCCCAGGAUGGAUUUCAAUUUUUGAGGUCUAUCUUUCACGUGAUUUAUCAUAACUUUCCAUCUUAGCAAUCACUUGCAUGCACUUAUGUUGUUGUACAAGCUUUAAUUCCUCGAACUUAUCUUUUGCUUCACUUUGUCAUAGGAUAGUCAAUUGAUUGGCUUCUGAUCUGGUUAUAUUAAUCUUUUUUUUUUUUUUUUUUAAUUUCUGGGUAGUUGUAUUAGAUCUGAUCUGGGUUGUGCUCUUUUAAACUGAAAAACAAAAAUUCAUCAAUUCAAUGAAGCCUGCUCAGCGCUACAGUCGUGUAGAUCUUUCGUCUUUGUUGCCCUGCACUUGAAUCAAAUGGAAGUUACAGGGGGUUAAGACUCUGGUUUUUAUGGCCUUGACUGAUAUUUGGGCAAUGUGUGGAGAAAGAGACAGCGUUUGUUUAGGAAGUAUUCUGCGUAGAAGAACUGGACCAAACCACAGUAAGAACAAAACUUCUGGCAUGGAAUUUGAAUCAGACUGGACGAAACACAGAAAAUCCUCGGCAUUUGCAGCUCAGGUGAUUCGGUCAGCAACAUCUUUUAUGCCUUGGUCUUGCAGAAUCCCUAUAGGUGAAGGAUAUCACGAAUUUAUUUAGUUAACACUUGCCGUUCAAAUCUAUUGAGACGUUCUUCGGGUGAUAUAGUUGAUCAAUAACAAGAACCAUCUAUAUCUUUCAAGAUUCACAUAGCUGUUCAAUUCAGACCAUGCCGGGGUUCUUGAGUGGAAAGAAGAGAACAAAAGUGAAUAUGUGUCUUUCCAAUUCUGUCAAGCAAAAUAUUCCCACUUGUUCGAAAUGCAAUUCACAGUUAUCUGCUCAGGCUGUCGAUGAUCUAGACAGCGCCAUUCUACCUGGGUUGCCUGAUGAUGUGGCAAAGUCUUGCCUUGCUCUUGUUCCUCGUUCCAACUUCCCAGCUAUGGGUGGUGUCUCCAAAAGGUGGAGGUCAUUUAUUCAAAGUAAAGAAUUCAUUACCGAGCGGAAAUUAGCUGGGAUGCUUGAGGAAUGGCUCUAUGUCUUAAUUAUGGAUUCUGGAGGUAAGGAAAGCCACUGGGAGGUUCUGGAUUGUAUGGGCCAGAAACACCGGCUUCUUCCACCUAUGCCUGGUCCCAUGAAAUCUGGGUUUGGGCUGGUGGUUCUUAAUGGCAAGCUUCUUGUCAUGGCUGGCUUUUCUGUGAUUGAUGGGACUGGUUCUGCCUCUGCAGAUGUCUACCAAUAUGAUUCCUGUCUCAACAGUUGGAGUAAAUUAGCAAAGAUGAAUGUGGCUCGGUAUGACUUUGCUUGUGCAGAGGUUAAUGGUAUGGUUUAUGCAGUUGGAGGAUAUGGGAUCGAUGGAGACAGUCUAUCUAGUGCAGAGAUGUACAACCCUGAUACUAACAGAUGGACCCUAAUGGAAAGUCUUCGCCGCCCAAGGUGGGGUUGCUUUGCCUACGGGUUUGAGGGAAAGCUGUAUGUCAUGGGUGGGAGAUCAAACUUCACAAUUGGGAAUUCGAAGUUUGUUGAUGUAUACAACACUGAGAGGCACACCUGGUGUGAAAUGAAGAACGGUUGUGUCAUGGUCACGGCUCAUGCCGUGUUGGGAAAGAAUCUCUUUUGUAUGGAGUGGAAGAACCAGCGCAAGCUAGCAAUAUUCACUCCAGAGGACAAUUCAUGGAAGAUGGUACCAGUUCCAUUGACAGGGAGCUCAUGUAUUGGCUUUCGUUUUGGAAUACUGGGUGGCAAAUUGUUGCUAUUCUCUGUCCAUGACGAACCUGGAUACCGUACUCUGUUGUACGACCCAAAUGAAGCCCCUGGCUGUGAGUGGCAAACUUCUGAUAUAAAGCCGUCUGGUUUAUGCUUGUGCUGUGUGACGAUCAAGGCGUAAACGAUGUCCUUGAAAGCUGAGGAUCAUCUUCUCAAAUAGUCUCGACUCUUGAAUGUGUCUGAAUAUUUUGCUGGGUCUUUCUGCGUUGACUAAUGAACGAGUGCCCGUUUCUUUUCUCGAGUUGUCAGUUAGGUGUUAUAUUACCGAUUGCACUCAUUGGGUUUCCGUUUAAUAUUGUCAUGUAUUAUUGUCGGGUUGUGGGUGCUAAUUUUUAUUUUUUAGAACAUUUCUUUGUCUCUGUUUUAAUGCAUUUGUUGUCUGGUCGGACUAUUCUUUGGACUUUGAGGGGCGUUUUUCAUUUCUUAAUGCGUCGUAAAAUAUUAGAAAUUUA